CCAGCCCAGAUUUCUUCUUCCUCAUCUAAUCAGACAAUCAAAGAAACAAAUCCAAAAUACUCAUCCAAUCAGAGAAACAAAUCAAAAAUAUCCAAUCAAAGAAACAAACCGAAAAUACUUACCGUAUUCUUCCUCAUUUUCUUUCCUCCUAAACCGAAAAUCUCAUCAUCUUUUGUUCGGAGUCGAACCUAGGAGCUAGGUUCCGAGAUGAACCCAGCGCUUGGGUUCCAAGACGAACCUAUCGUGGGUUCGUUGCAAACCCCUCCGCUGGGUUCGUCACGGAACCCAACGCCUAAGUUCGAGACGAACCCAGGAGCUGAAUUCGCGGCGAACCCCGCGCUUGGGUUCCGAGAUGAACCCCGCGCCUGGGUUCCGAGACGAACCCAGGAGCUGGGUUCGCGGCGAACCCCGCGCGUGGGUUACGAGAUGAACCCAGCGCCUGGGUUCGUCGGGAACCCAACGCCUAAGUUCGAGACGAACCCAGGAGCUGGGUUCCGUGACGAACCUGGGUUCGCGCGAACCCAAAG